UUAUUUUAAUUUUUGAAAACCCCACCGCCACUUUCUCCAAAAUUUGGCGCCUGUUCUGCCUUCAUCUCGCUCUGUUCGUCUCCCUCUCGCACAGCCGCAGAGAUCACAACACCACCUGCAAAACGACGCCGUAACGAAGCCAAGAUGGUAUUCCUCCACCAGCAAAUCCCUUCCCGCAAACGGCCGCCCCCCUCUUCUUCCGCCCCAUCUUGCCCUCCCCCCAAAUCUUCUAAACCCACCGCCACUGCGAACUCAAGCAAUCCAACCCCAAACGACGCCGUCGAAACCCCAGACAUCGAUAAAAUGGUCUCUAUUUUAGCCGACGCUGGCUGCACCCUCCUCAACCACUCCGGCCCGCCGUGCCUCCCUUCGGACCUACACAAGCUCCGCCGCCACCUCCACCGCACCUUUUCCUCUUCCGAAAAUGCCUCUGUUCUUCUCUCCGAUUUCCUCGCCGGCCUCUCUUCCUACAUCAACACACCUAAAAACCUCCGCAGGAUUCUCACCGCCUCCACCAGAAGCGAGAGCGUACUCCGCCACUUGCUGUUGGUGCCCACUAUCCAGUUGCAAAUUCAGAACAUGCUUCUCGAGAAGCUUCCAGAAUAUUUCCACGCGUAUACGCAACAUUCCGGUCCGUCUCUGUCCCUCGAAGACGACGUCGCUAGGCUGAUCAUCAAUCACUUCCGGUGGCUGGAUUUUCUUGUUGAUCCGAAUGCAUUGGCCGAGAAAUUGAUGCAGGUUCUUUCGAUUUGCCCUCUGCAUUUGAAGAAAGAGAUAAUUGGAUCGUUGCCGGAGAUCAUCGGCGAUCAGAAUAACAAGACUGUGGUUGAAGCUCUCGAGAAAUUGCUUCAGGAGGACUCGGCUGUAGUUGUGCCGGUGCUCGAUUCCUUUUCGAACCUUAAUUUGGAUCCAAUGUUGCAGGAACAGGUAACCACCAUAGCAUUGUCAUGCAUCAGAACAAUCGAGGCAGAGCACAUGCCUCAUCUGCUUAGGUUUCUACUGCUUUCAGCAACACCAUCAAAUGUCCGGAGAAUAAUCUCACAGAUUCGACAGCAGUUAAAAUUUGUUGGGGUAUCAAAUUAUCGCACAUCACAACAAAAACUCAAGGGAAAGUCACAUGCCGACAACACCGAGGCUUCUAUUCUUGAUGCCUUGAGAUCAAGUCUUCGAUUUAAGAAUAUACUGUGUCAGGAGAUUUUGAAAGAAUUGAACAGCCUAGAGAAAGCUCAGGAUCACAAAGUCAUCGAUAUAUGGUUACUGAUGCUGAUAUACAUGAAUGGUGAAUCCCUGCAAAGGAGCGUCGAAAAGCUAUUCAAGAAGAAAAUUAUUGAGGAUUGCAUUCAGGAAGCUAUGUUUGAUCAAUGCAUUCAUGGACACAAAGAGCUUGUACAGGAUUAUUUUCUAUCUUUUAUUUCUCUGUCCGAGUACUUGUUGGCUUGCAAGGAGCAAAAAUCCAGGGAGUUUGGCAUGCAUAUCUAUGUUUGUCUUUUUGAGGAGUUUGCCGAUAUGUAUUCCAGACAGGAAGUUCUUGGCUCGCUAGUUACCCACGUGGGCUCUAGUGUGGGUUUUGAAGUUGGUUCUGCUUUAGAGACCUUGGCUUUGCUAGCCUCCAAAUAUGCACAGCAGUUAAUUCCUCUUUCUUCUCAUAUUAGCGGUAUUUUGGAUUACUUAGAGGGAUUUAGUGUUGAAAAUCUGCACAAGGUCUACGAGAUUUUUGGCCAUCUGGCACUUUUGGCUCGGUCUAGUGCAGAAUCUUAUGGUUCUUCCUUUGCGAAUGAACUUUUGAUGAUAGUACGCAAGCAGGUCACUCAUCCUGAUCUGAACUACAAGAAGAUGGGCCUGGUUGGAACUCUGAAGAUUGUUUCCUGUCUAGGAGAUGCAACUGAUGUUACCUGUCCAUCCCCAUCUCAAAAAUCUAAUUGUGACGAGGCACUGGAGCUCUUGAAGACUUCUUUGGAUUCUUGCAGACAGCUGCCCUUACCUUUGAUCAUGUUUUAUGACGAACUGACUGAAACGUUGGAUUGUAGAUCACUUCAUCCAACAGUUAUAGAAUGGAUUGGGAAACAUGUAGGAGAGUUUGAAUCCCUGUUUCUGUCUGAUCUUGAUGGUGGGAAUUUGGCUGUUAAGGACUCAUAUUGUGGUUUAGAAGGGGAGCUGUGGAUGAACUUGGAUGGUGAUAUAUCACCUAUUUGUCUAAACAUUUUGCCAUUGGCUUCCUGUACAUUGCAGUCUUCUUCUUCUUUACAAGUUCUUCCUGCUAACUUCCUUUUAUUAGCUGCAAUUGAAAGGUUGACAAACCAAGGAUCUCUUGGUGGAAUUGAUGCACUACUUGGCUGCCCUUUGCACCUGCCUUCAUCUAAGUAUUUAUUCGGAUCUGAGUGGAAGUCUCUGACAGGGAAGCAGAAACAGAUUAUAUGUGCGUCUCUAUAUUAUGCUGCCAAUUGGAUACGGGAACUACUCAAUGCCUUCUGUACACAAGUUACUGGGAGAUUUGAAUUUACGAGCCAGGCCACAAAGGGGGAUAUACUUUCCAAGCUAAUGAAGCGCUUGAGAAACCUUGUAUUCUUGGAAAGCAUAUUAAACAAUUGUAUUGAGAGGUGCUCUCUAUCUCUUCCUGAACUUCAUCCUUAUGCUGAUAUUUACCGAUCUUCCCUCUUAAGCCAACCUCACCAUAUGGUGAACAUUGAAAAGAAAAUUGAGCAUAAGAAAACACAUGAGGCCACCUCUCCAAGAGGCAUGAAGAAAAACAAAAAGACCUCAAAAGUAUCAACAACAUCAGAUACCAAUGGGAAACUCCGGCAGCCCACAUUAUUUGAUGUCUUGGAGAAGGCAGGAGUUCUAACAGGCCAAGAGGUGCCAAAUCAAGAAUCUUCUUGUUUAACGUCAAACAGCAGGUCAUAUGAGUCAUCAGAGAAAAAUUCUUCCGACUCUAACGAGGCUGCUGUCAUAGAAAUUUCUGCCAUUGCCAAGGCUAUCGAUGCUCAGAGAUUUAAGUUCAGACCUCUGCUGGUUCAUUGUUAUUCCAUUUUGGGGUUUGCAAAGAGUGAAGCAUCCUGUUGUGUUGAUGCUGCUGCUGAGUUACCUCUAUAUCUGUACCUUCUGCGUGAUCUUCACUACAAGCUGUAUUACUUAAAUCCUGGAAAACAAUUAUGGGGCAGAGGCUUGAGUCCUCCAGUUGGGUUCACCAGGAUGACAGUGGAUGAAUUCUUGAGCAAAGUUAAACCACUCUUUCCAAGUAUUAAGAGCCAUUUUGAUAGUGCACUUUUAGUACUUACGGAAGGUGAUGAAACUUGUGAAGAACAUUGGAAUAUUCAAUCUACUUCUGCUGGAAAUCCAGACAUUCCCAAUCUUGUACAUUCAAAAACUGCAGUUUCUACUUCAAUAUUCAAAAAAGUGCUUCAUUGUUUCAAUGCGAUAUUAAACCUUCCUCGUAUUCAGACAGACAAGCCAGCUCUCUCAUAUCUGCUAGAAGCAUUCCAGCCUACCAAGAUCCCAGAUAGUUUUUUGGAAGGGAUACAGCUUAACCUUUCCCCUGGGACUUCAGAAUAUUUAUAUUUUGGCGCUUAUUCAUUUUUUGAAGGCGUCUUGGACAUAGCAUGCUCUCUCUCUUUUAUGCUGGCGUCAGAGUCACUUUUUACUCUAGAAUCAAUUGUAUCAUCGGUCCACAAAUUCAUCAGCAAGAUGGAGGGACUUGGUAAAAACAUGCACUCAGGAUUUGUCCAGGAGGCUCUUCCUACUUUGCGCAAGAAACUUGGUAUUUCUGCCGAGAAGAUUUUAAAGCAUAGAUUUGAUGAAAAUCUUGAGAAUGGUGGGAAGUGCAAAGGGGAAAUGGUACAGAAAAUAUUGCGCAUUUACCUAGAAAAUAGAGAUUCCACUUCUGAUCGGCUGGAACAGCUAGCCUGCACUAUUUUGCCUGAGUGGACAAAGGGAGAAGAUGAUGAACAUGGUUUCCCAUCUCUAAGUUCUGGAACAUUUGUUGUGUGGUACAAGAUACUGCAUGAAGAGAACCUAACUGUUCUUAACAAAUUGGUCAAGGAAGCUGUUCUUCUGAAGAAAGCGAGAGCUGGUGCUCAACAUAACAUUAUUGAAAAACUUCUAAGCAAGCUACAACAGUCUGUAAAUGUGGUUGUGUCUUUAGUUAACCUUUGUAAAACUCACGAUAAGGUGACUUUGCAUGCCAUGGCUGUUGGGUAUGGUGGGAAGUUCAUUGAUUCCUUCAUGAAAGUUUUUGACUUCUUACAGUCCCAUUUUGAAGUUCACAGAGAGGAUAUAAUCCACUUGGUUUUAGAGCUUCAAAAGGCCACAAGAACAAUACAGACCCUAUGUUCAGAAGCAAAGGGUUUGAGGCAAACAAGCAUUACCAGAAAAAUUCCUGCUACAAAGAGAUCUAUGGAACGCCUUUUGUUCUCUGUGAAAGCUCUUCUCCACACAUCAUCAAAUGGAUGUACUUUCUGGAUGGGCAGUCUGAAGCAUAAAGACUUGAAGGGUCAGGUGGUGAGUUCCCAAGUGUAUAUGGAUACUGAGGAUGAGAAUGCUGGUGAAGAAUCAGCAGAAGCCGCUGAUAAAGAAGCAGCAGAAGCAACUGAUGAUUAUCAAGCUGAGAAUCUUGAUAGUGAGGAGGACAGAGAAACAGAAUGAGAAAUGCAUUCAGGAAAUUUAACCAUAUUGACUGGAGCCCAACCUUGUGACCUCUAAGAAUUCUCAACUUCUGAUGAUCUUGGACAACAAAUUAUAAGUGGGCAGCACAUAUUUAUCAAGUUGUAGUUCCGAGUUAACAGCAGCAGCGUACAGACAUGCAAGAUCCUCAGACACGGGUUGGAUGGAGUGAAGAGAAUCGUACCAGGAAAAGUCGGUACAAUCUAGUUUCUCCAGUUUUGGAAAUUCUAUCCCGCAUGUCAACCCCCUAACUAUAGAUAGCAUUCAUUCACAGCAGUACUUAUGCCGGGUAUAGAUAACUGUUUAGCUGGAUCUGGGUAUUCUGAAUCUUUUUGUUUAUUUGGGAUUUGAUAGAUUUUGACAAAAUGUAAUAAUAUUGUUUCUGAUAACAGAGUUUAACCUUGUAUGAAAA